UUUACGAAGCUCUCUGUUACAGGUCGCUUAGCAUCAACAUUGAAAUUUCCUGCAAUCUUACAGGAACGAUCAUAAAGAAGCCGCCUGAGUCUCUAUCUAUCUCUCUCUAUCUCUCUAUAUAUAUAUGAAUAUAUUAUAUCACAUUAUUAUUUUAAUAAAGUAAUUUCCUGAUACUAAAAUUUGUUAUGUCUGAGUCUAGCUCUAAUUUUGCUCCACUUGAUACUCCUGAGAGCGACUAUGGGGACCUCACUAAUUUUGAGCUCUCAGAAUUUUUGACGUUUGAUGAAUGGGUUAAGGAAGAUGAUCAAUCUAUGUUGUCUCUGCUUCCUGCUUCUAAUGAUGGUAAUCUGGUUUUUAAAGCGCUGGUUAUCGGCGAGUCUGGCGAUGCUACUAGCUCUCAUCAACACCUUCCUGCUACCGGAAGAAAGGAGAAGAGGGAAGCUAAAGAAAGAGUGGCAUUCAAAACAAAAUCAGAAGUUGAGAUUCUUGAUGAUGGUUACAAGUGGAGAAAAUAUGGCAAGAAGAUCGUCAAGAGUAGCCCAAACCCAAGCAGGAAUUACUAUCGGUGCUCGAUCGAAGGCUGUCCAGUGAAGAAGAGAGUAGAAAGAGAUAGAGAUGAUCAAAAAUAUGUAAUUACAACCUAUGAGGGUGUCCAUAAUCACCCCACCGCCGGUUAAUUAAGCUUUAAGCUUUAAGCUCUUGCUUAAUUGGGUUCAUUUCUACCCAUAGACAUAGCAGCCUCACUUCCCACUUGUUAAACCUACGGUAUGGUUAACUUUUUUUUCAGUUAUCAUCGGUGGAAAUUAUGAGGAUUUCGAACCCAUAAUUUAAUACUAUAUAUAUCUAUAUAUGUAUUAACUCUUUGUAUCAUUUAAAUUUGCUCCAAUUGCUGAUAUAGCAUAUAUAAUUACUCUUUACCUAGUUUGAUCACAAUCCAACUAGUGAGCUCAUUAAUUAUCAUAAGCUCAACCACAUGCAAAUGCAACUAUAUAUAUAUAUAAAAAACUUUCCCUUA